UUGUUAUUAUUUUAUUAAUCGCUGUUGCGAUCGGUGAGAACAUUGUGUCUUUUUGUCUAGUUGUUUGCGCAGUAAUUAUUAGAAGCCCUCGUGUGGCUUUGUGCGGGAUGGAGGCGAGCGCGGGCGGCGGCAUGGCGCGCGUGAAGCAGGAGUGGCAGGAGCCCGCGUGGGCUGGUGACAACGUUGUUAAGGAGGAAGCAGAAUGCGUGGAUGAAGAGGAGUGUGUGAAGGAGGAGUGCUCGGACAGCAGAGACGGGUGCGGCAUGAGCGAGGCAGCCAUGCUGGCCGGCCUGUAUGACGAGCAUGUGGUCAAGGACGAGCUCGUGCUGGGGCCGGAGCGCCCGCAUCGCCCCACAGUUGCUCUGGUGGUUCGCAGUAUGUUGAUUUUUUCUUUAACAUGCAGGGCGCUGGGUGACGCGGGUGGUGGGGGAGGUGGGGGGGCACAGCGCGCUCGGGAAUGCUCCGUGCGGCUCGAGCGCCUCGCGAGCCACGCCGGCGCCGCGCGAGACCACCGGCCUAGAGGGACCGCCCCCAGCGACACCGCCACGCCACCCCACACAGACUCUGAUAACGAACAGGAAAUAUACAGACCUAAUUAUGACAAAGAACCGGUGUGUGAUCUUUGUGGCGAGAGAUUUGAUUUGAAAUCUGAUUUGAUAAAACAUGUCGCGGUGCACAUUCAUGUGCCUACAAGCGCGGAUCUGGGAGCGGGCAGACCUGGUGUCUCAGGCAAUGCACCAGCGGUGGUGUCGGGUCGGCGACGCUCGUGCGCGGUCAGGCUGGAGCGCGUGCUGCUGGACGCGGCGCGGCGCUCCUGCCGGGUCGGGCGCCGCACAUACAAGCUGCACACACACACGCACACCGCCGAGCCCGCACACACACGCAACCUCACCAUCGCCACCGCCAGCUAUCAAUGUCACCAUUGCGGGAAACGGUUCCGGAACAAGUCGGUUUUGGUGAAACACAUACGCGCUCACUUGCCGUUAGGAGCGUCGAGUAACUCGACCCGAGAGAACGAUGCUUUAGAACAUCAACAAAGUCAACAAACGUUACACAAAGAUAAAAAGUAUUUCCUAACAGUUUUACGGAAACCUGAGAUGACACACCGUGGCGCAAAGCCUUUCAAGUGUAGGUACUGUGACUACAGGAGCUGCAAUAACUUACGUAGACAUGAGAUGAUACAUACAGGUGAAAACCCCUUUAAAUGCAACUACUGUGAUUACAAGUGCAAACAAAAAGCACACUUACGGAUUCAUGAGAUGAUACACAUAGGUGAAAACCCCUUUAAGUGUAAAAACUGUGAUUACAAGUGCAAACAAAAAGCACACUUACGGUUUCAUGAGAUGAUACACACAGGUGAAAACCCCUUUAAGUGUAAAAACUGUGAUUACAAGUGCAAUCGAAAAGGCUCCUUACGGACCCAUGAGAUGAUACAUACAGGUGAAAAACCCUUUAAAUGUAAAAACUGUGAUUACAAGUGCAAACAAAAAGCACACUUACGGGUUCAUGAGAUGAUACACACAGGUGAAAAACGCUUUAAAUGUAAAAACUGUGAUUACAAGUGCAAACAAAAAGCACACUUACGGGUUCAUGAGAUGAUACACACAGGUGAAAAACGCUUUAAAUGUAACUACUGUGAUUACAAGUGCAAUCGAAAAGGCUCCUUACGUAGACAUGAGAGGAUACAUACAGGUGAAAAACCCUUUAAAUGCAACUACUGUGAUUACAAGUGUCGUCAAAAAGAAAACUUGCGGACUCAUGAGAUGAUACAUACAGGUGAAAAACCCUUUAAAUGCAACUAUUGUGAUUACAAGUGUCGUCAUAAAGAAAACUUGCAGACUCAUGAGAUGAUACAUACAGGUGAAAAACCCUUUAAAUGUAACUACUGUGAUUACAAGUGCAAUCGUAAAGGCUCCUUACGUAUACAUGAGAUGAUACAUACAGGUGAAAAACCAUUUAAUUGCAACUACUGUGAUUACAAGUGCAAAAAAAAAGCAGACUUACGGAUUCAUGAGAUUAUACACACUGAGCGUUUUGAUUGUAGUAACUGUAACUACAAGUGCACUAACAAAACAAGUUUACGACGACAUCAAAUGAUACACUCGGGUGAACAUCCUUUUCAGUGUAAUUACUGCGAAUACAAGUGCAGGCAGAAGGCACACUUAAAGAGACAUAUGAAUCUACACACUAGUUUAAUUAUUAGAAGCCCUCGUGUGGCUUUGUGCGGGAUGGAGGCGAGCGCGGGCGGCGGCAUGGCGCGCGUGAAGCAGGAGUGGCAGGAGCCCGCGUGGGCUGGUGACCACGUUGUCAAGGAGGAAGCAGAAUUCGUGGAUGAAGAGGAGUGUGUGAAGGAGGAGUGCUCGGACAGCAGAGACGGGUGCGGCAUGAGCGAGGCAGCCAUGCUGGCCGGCCUGUAUGACGAGCAUGUGGUCAAGGAUGAGCUCGUGCUGGGGCCGGAGCGCCCGCACCGCCCCACAGUUGCUCUGGUGGUUUCCAACAGGGCGCUAGGUGAUGUGGACGGCGGGUUUGCCGCGGGGGGUGGGGGAGGUGGGGGGGCACAGCGCGCUCGGGACUGCUCCGUGCGGCUCGAGCGCCUCGCGAGCCACGCCGGCGCCGCGCGAGACCACCGGCCUAGAGGGACCGCCCCCAGCGACACCGCGACGCCACCCCACACAGACUCUGAUAACGAACAGGAAAUAUACAGACCUAAUUAUGACAAAGAACCGGUGUGUGAUCUUUGUGGCGAGAGAUUUGAUUUGAAAUCUGAUUUGAUAAAACAUGUCGCAGUGCACAUUCAUGUGCCUACAAGCGCGGAGCUGGGAGCGGGCAGACCUGGUGUCUCAGGCAAUGCACCAGCGGUGGUGUCGGGUCGGCGGCUCUCGUGCGCGGUCAGGCUGGAGCGCGUGCUGCUGGACGCGGCACCACACACCGCCGAGCCCGCACACACACACACCGCCGAGCCCGCACACACACACACCGCCGAGCCCGCACACACACACACCGCCGAGCCCGCACACACACACACCGCCAAGCCCGCACACAAACGCAACCUCACCAUCACCACCGCCAGCUAUCAAUGUCACCAUUGCGGGAAACGGUUCCGGAACAAGUCGGUUUUGGUGAAACACAUACGCACUCACGUGUCGUUAGGACCGUCGCGUAAUUCGACCCGAGAGAACGAUGCUUUAGAACAUCAACAAAGUCAACAAACGUUACACAAAGAUAAAAAGUAUUUCGUAACAGUUUUACGGAAACCUGAGAUGACACACCGUGGCGCGAAGCCUUUCAAGUGUAGGUACUGUGUCUACACGAGCUGCAGUAACGGACACUUACGUAGACAUGAGAGGAUACACACAGGUGACAAACCUUUUAAAUGUAACAACUGUGAUUACAAGUGCAAUCAAAAAGGAUUCUUACGUAGACAUGAGAUGAUACAUACAGGUGAAACACCCUUUAAAUGCAACUACUGUGAUUACAAGUGCAAACAAAAAGCACACUUACGGAUUCAUGAGAUGAUACACACAGGUGAAAAACCUUUUAAAUGUAACUACUGUGAUUACAAGUGCAAACGAAAAACACACUUACGGAUUCAUGAGAUGAUACACACAGGUGAAACACCCUUUAAAUGCAACUACUGUGAUUACAAGUGCAAUCGAAAAAGCUCCUUACGUAGACAUGAGAUGAUACAUACAGGUGAAACACCCUUUAAAUGCAACUACUGUGAUUACAAGUGCAAACGAAAAGCCCACUUACGGAUUCAUGAGAAGAUACACAUAGGUGAAACACCCUUUAAAUGCAACUACUGUGAUUACAAGUGCAAACGAAAAGCACACUUACGGAUUCAUGAGAUGAUACACACAGAUGAAAAACCUUUUAAAUGUAACAACUGUGAUUACAAGUGCAAUAAAAAAGGAUUCUUACGUAGACAUGAGAGGAUACAUACAGACGGCCGAUUGCGGCCACACGACCUCGAACGCACGCAACACGUCGAACGUGGUUCUCGGUAG